UUGCGCAUGCGUCAGCAUCCGACUACUCAGUGCGCACGCGCUAAGAUCCUAGCUGCGGGAAGCUAACUUUGCAGGUUUUCUGCAUCAUUUUUAGGCGCGCGUACCGCCUUUAUUUAUUUAUUUAUUUAUUUAUUUAUUCAUCUUUUAUUGAACUUGCGUCAAGCGCUGGUCUGCCACUACCGGUACGGGCUUAAAACGGAACAUGGCUUUGGUAUCAGCUGAUUCCAGGAUUGCUGAACUCCUAGGAGAAUUGCACCAGCUUAUCAAACAGACCCAGGAGGAACGAUCAAGAAGUGAACAUAAUCUUGUGAAUAUCCAGAAAACACAUGAAAGGAUGCAGACAGAGAACAAGAUCUCUCCGUAUUAUCGGACAAAAUUACGUGGCCUCUAUACAACAGCUAAGGCUGAUGCAGAAGCUGAAUGCAAUAUCCUGCGCAAGGACUUGGACAAGAUUGCUGAGAUUAAGUCUCUUCUGGAAGAACGACGCAUUGCUGCCAAGAUUGCUGGCCUCUACAAUGACUCAGAGCCGCCACGCAAAACCAUGCGCCGUGGAGUGCUGAUGACUCUCCUCCAGCAGAGCGCCAUGACUCUCCCGUUGUGGAUUGGGAAGCCUGGAGAAAAGCCGCCUCCCCUUUGUGGUGCCAUCCCCGCCUCUAGUGAUUAUGUGGCCAAACCUGGGGAUAAAGUGGCAGCUCGUGUCAAGGCUGUUGACGGGGAUGAGCAGUGGAUCUUGGCUGAGGCUGUGAGCUACAAUCAUGCCACCAACAAAUAUGAAGUGGAUGACAUUGAUGAAGAAGGAAAAGAGCGUCAUACCUUGAGCCGACGUCGCAUCAUCCCUCUGCCUCAGUGGAAGGCCAAUCCUGAAACAGACCCCGAGGCCUUGUUCCAGAAAGACCAGUUGGUCCUGGCCUUGUACCCCCAAACUACCUGCUUCUACCGAGCCCUUAUCCACACUCCACCUCAGCGGCCCCAAGAUGACUACUCAGUGCUGUUUGAAGAUACCAGCUAUGCAGAUGGCUACUCUCCACCCCUCAAUGUAGCUCAGCGCUACGUUGUGGCUUGCAAGGAAACGAAGAAGAAGUGACGUUGCCCUCCAGCAGCAGCAUGGUGAGGAACAAGACCUAUCCAAGUGGACUUCUACAGCAGGACAAUGAAUAAAGCAGGAAGGAACAGAAAUCCAUCAAGGGGAGGAGUUUCAUUUAUUGACCUAAGAAGCAUGCGGGCAGUUUGCUUUGUGGGAAAUAAUUACAUGAUUACUUCCCAAAGUUAACUACCGUUGCAGGAAUCAAUAGUUCCUUUGGAAGCAGUCAACUAAAACUCUGUGAGUAAAGAAGAGGUCAUUGUUUGGCUUUUGGGGAUUUCUGUUACUUGGAUUUUUAAACUUGUCCCCUGCAGCUGUUUUAUUUCAACUCAAGCUGCCUUAUUGGCAUGCUUCGAAUUAAUAAAGUGCUGUAUACUUUAGAUUCUUUUCCAGUUUUUCCCCUUGUCAAGAUGAUUGCAAAACCUCCCGCCUUGGAAAGUAGAUGUGGAAUUAAAUCCAGCCAUCAAAACACAAGGACUCAGCCUGGAUUUGUGAAUUUCUUAAGGAAAGUACGAGGGUGGGGAAUUUUUUUAUUUUUUAGCGUGGGGUGAAAAAGAUGGCUGGGCCUUCUGGUCAGCUGUGAAAGAUAGUUUUAGUAAUUGUUUCUAUUGCACAUUUGCAUUCUUCACUCAGUUAUUUCACCACUUCAAGAAAAACUGUAAAUCAAAGGGGUGUUGCUCUUCCAGUGUGGUUAGAAUUCCAAGAGAAUCUUAUUUCAAGGCUUGGAACGUUUUGAAAACUGGGGGCGAUGAUUUGGAAAUACUCUUAAAACAGUGGAUUGUAUAAUUUUAUUUUAUUUAUUGCAUAAAUUGUAACAGUUUAUUUAAACCAUACAAGAAUAAAAAUGCAAAAACAAAGUAGUAAAUAAGUAACAACUAAUAAAAACUUACAUGAUGAGAAAAACUUGUUAGUAAUGCAUUUGGUAAUGAUUAUAUAAUUUUGAUUGAAGUCUUUGUCAAAGCAGAGUGUAUCUAUUAUAACAUUUAAAAAACUGUUACUGGGAAGUGCAACAACCAGAUGGUGGUAGCCCUCAGUCUCUAGAAUUCUCACUGGGAAGAAUUAUGGAGCUGGAAAUUAUAUUUCCAGAAAUGGGGAAAUUACAAAUAUUUGAUUUCUUUCUUCUUCCCUGCCAGUUUUGGGAGAACCUUAGACAGUGCAACACCACUCUCCAUCUAAUGAAACUCAACUUGCAUCCCAAAGAUUUUCUCUCACUGCAUCAGAUAAUGCCACCUAACUCAGGUCGAAGAUUUUUUUCCCUUUCACUUCACCAAUCUUCUUUUAAAUUUGACUUGAAAUUAUCCUGAUCAAGAGUUCUUAGAAACUGAAAAGCUUGUAACUAUUUCAUAAAAAGUUUUGGCCUAAUAAAAAUAUUUAUAAACUUAGGGGAAAAUGGCUUUUAUGUGUUAGGACAAUAUUGUUCCUUUUUAAAGAGACGUGUUUAUACAAACAUUCAAAAAUGAAUUCUAGUUGGUGUCGGCUAGGAAUGGGUUUUUUUCUACCAAAUUUCUGAAGUGAUUUUCUGUUUAGGAACAUAAUAAAUAGCUGUCAUGUAAAUGUUUUAUGUGACAUUGGUGGUUGAGGAAAUUGAAAGAAAGUGCAUGGUGCAAUGCUCUUCAAUAAAUCAAGCUUGGAUUCACAAAAAAUAAAACUGAUUUAACACUCUUCAAUCUUACCUGGUAACCUUGAGCCAGCUGCCACCUGUCAGUCUCGUUCUGUUUCAGAUGGUUGUGAGAGGACAGGAAUGCUUGGGAAGGAAGAAGUGACCCAAGGUUGUUGCCCUGAAUAAAAUUAAUCAACAGACCACCACUUUGCAGGGCUAGUGCUGUUAUUGCUGACCUUGGGAUUUUCCUCUUGGUACCGCAUAGUCUAGCAACAAUUUAACACCUACAACCUUAUAUGCUUUCCUUUAAAGCCUAAUUUUGUUAUCCCCAUUGCUUGAUUGAGAAAUGAAUGUUCUCUCAUUUUUCGUUAUGUAUGUCAGCUCCAUGUCUGUCUUUUGGGUAGUGAACUUUAUCCAGUGGCUUUUUAAGCUCAUUAAAGUCCAUGCAAUAAAUAUUUCCUGUGGUUUGCUGAUUAACUCAGUGGGUUAUAAGCAAGAUAUGGGCAGGGACUUUUCUACAGGAGCAGAAAGCAUUUACUAAGUAUCAGAUGUUAUCCCUCAU